AUGAUUGGUACCAGUUAUGAUUGGCAAUACGUCACUGAGAAUAAUGGUAUAAACCAUCAAGCAUUAAAAGAUGGAUCUGUUCACUGGCCACGAGGGAAAAUGCUAGGUGGCGGAAGUUCAAUUAAUGCAAUGAUGUACGUAAGAGGAAAAGAUAGCGACUUUAAAGCUUGGGAAGAAGAAGGAAACCCUAGUUGGACACCAGAAAACGUCAAUUUUUACUUCAGAAAAGCAGAAAAUUUGCAGGAUAUGAAUUUAUUGCAAGAUCCAGAUAUUCAUGAAUUCUAUGGUAAUAACGGUCAUUUAGUCAUAAAUAGUUUUAAUAGUACAUAUAGAGAUAUAACUGAGAAAGUUUUAGAAUCUUGGGAUUAUAUUGGAUUUAAAAAUGUGAAAGAUAUUAAUUCUGCGAAAUUUGACGGCUACGGUAUUUCAGGAAAAAUGAGAGUAACAGCAGCAAAUGGUGAAAGAUGUAGUUCGUAUACAGCCUACAUAAAAUCUGUAGAUCCUAAAAAAAAUUUAAAAGUGAUAACUGGCGCUUUUGUAACCAAAAUUCUCCUCAAUGAAAAUUUAGAAGCAUAUGGUGUCGAAGUCGAUAUAAAUAGAGAACAAAAAAUAUUUUAUGCUAGUCACGAAGUAAUUAUAAGUAGCGGAGCUAUAAAUACACCACAAUUACUUAUGCUCUCUGGAAUAGGACCUCGAGAGCAUUUAGAAGCUAACAAUAUUCCGUGCAAAAUUAACUUACCUGGAGUUGGCAGCAAUUUACAAGAUCAUAAUUAUAUUCCUAUUCCCAUUUACGCAGAUGAACCUGGAUUAGAAAAUCAUGAAGCUCGAUUAUUUGAAGUUGCGAAAUAUAUGUAUGAUAAAAGCGGACUGCUUGCACAGAAUUGUUUUGCCGACGUAUCUUCAUUUUAUUCUCGUAACAAAGAUAUGGAAUAUCCGGAAUUUCAAAAUCAUCUCACAAUUUUAUGGAAGAACUCUUCAACGUUUAGGAUUCAUUUUCCAGAUUAUAAUGACGAAGUUUUAAAUUCUUAUUUGGAGCCAAAUUCAAGAAAAGCUUUAUAUUUGUUUGCCUUCCACCUUUUACAUCCUUUUUCUAGAGGUACAUUAUAUCUUAAGUCGUCCAAUCCUUAUGACAAGCCAAUUAUCAAUUAUAAUUACUUUGAAGACGAAAGGGAUUUACAAGCCACAGCAGAUGGAAUAAAAAUGCUUACUAAAAUAGUAGACUCACCUUAUUUUCAAUCUAUAAAUGCAUACGUUCAUAGGGUCAAUGUAACACAAUGUAAUGAAUAUAGUUUUCAAAGCGAUGAAUAUUGGAAAUGUUUCUCAAGACACGUAUGUGUUACAGUAUUUCAUCCUGUAGGUACUGCAAAAAUGGGUCCAAACCCAGAAAAUGCAGUAGUAAAUAAUUUCUUGAAGAUUCACGGAGCCAUAAGGUUACGUGUUAUAGAUGCCAGCGUGAUGCCCACGCUAACAAGUGGUAAUACAAACGGCCCAUCGAUUAUGAUAGGUGAAAUGGGUUCCGAUAUGAUAAAACUUGAACAUCUUGGCACUGUA